CAGAGAUAUGCCACCAUACCAAUCAAAUUAAAAUUCAAUUUUUUUUGCACUUCAAUCUGAUUAAAAAUCAGAUCCUUGAUCUGCUACUUAUUUUUCUGUUGAUUACUACACCAGGUCAUGUAGCAACAAUAGAGAAACAAGUAGCGGAUCGAUGUUCUGAUUUCAAUCAGAUUAUUUGCAUUUCAAAUUCAUAUCCCAUUUAGGACAUUAUAUCCCAAACAGGUUAUUAUACAUCCAAUUUGAUGGAUAGCCUCAACUUGUUAAAUGUUGUUAUUAAUUCCUUCCAUGGGCAUUGGAAGUUAUUGUAUAUAUAAAUAUGUGCAUGUAUACAUGCACAACAAUAUAUUCAUUAUAACUUCCAGUUCCCGUUAUUCCUUCAGAAUCAAUGAUCGAUGAGGAGAAUUUGCAUUUCUGUUUAUUGCAAACUUAUUAGUGAGCAACAUGUUGCAGAUAAAAUGAUAUUAAUAUAAUAUAGCCAGAAGUUUUUUUUAGGGACUAGACAACAGUCAAAUGCCACAAUGACUUAGAGUUGCACAUCAGUACACGGGUACUGGAUGUUAUUGUAAAGUAUUACAAGUAUGUGCAGAAUCUUCCCUGCACCAUUCGUAGAGGACUUGACCAUGGACCCUCGAAGCACUGCCCAGGAUGUGGUGCGUUGUGAUGUGUGUGAUACUCCUGUUCCCCCACUACACUGUGACUUCUGUCAGACCAAUCUCUGCAAAGCUUGUGUUGGGGACCAUAUGUUGGAUUUAUCCAAAAAACACCAGGUGGUACCGUUUCAAGACCGAGGAUCUACUCCAAAUUAUCCCAUUUGCCCAAAACAUUCCCCCAAGCAAUGCGAGCUUCAUUGUGAACAAUGUGACAUUCCUAUUUGUGUCCACUGUGUUUCUUCUGAAAGUCACAAAAAUCAUAAGUUAGUAGACAUUUAUACCAAUUAUCAAAAGAAAAGAGAAGAUUUACAAAAAGAUUUGCAUGAACUGAAAAAAUUCCUUUCUCCUAAAUAUCAAGAGAUUGCAAAGAACAUCACAGCUCAGAAAGCUGAUCUGAGUAAAAACUCCAAGAAAUUGACAUCAGCAAUUGACAAACAAGGAGAAGUCUGGCACAGAGAAAUAGACACUAUUAUCACAAACCUGAAAUCUAACGUGGAGGAAAUGGACUCCAAACACCUGGCUGCCCUAAACAAACAGGAAGAUGAAAUCACACGCAUCAUAUCUGAAAUCACACAGACCAUUGCUCAUCUGAAGAAGUUACUGGACUCCAAUGAUGUCAGCCUUGUCUCUGAGUACAAAUCCAGGAUUGCUGAAUUCAGAAGAUUGACUCCUAAACUCACAGUUUCUUUACCAAACUUCACCCCUCAGAAAAUUAACCCAGAACAGCUUUACCAACAGUUUGGUUCCCUGUCAGCAUUCUCCAUUACAACAGAGGAACAUGGCUACACCAUGGAAACCUCAGAAGCUGGAUCAUCUCUUAAAUCACUGCUUGAUGAGCCACAGAUCAUCUCCACCAUACAAACACAGGAUGCGUACUUAAACAGUGUUACUUGUCACAGUGAUGAAGAAAUCUGGACGUAUAGUUGUAUUAAAAAUAUCACGAAUCUCUACAACCUGCAGGGAGAACUAGUGAACUUUGUCCAAACCAAGUCGGGCAACAAUCUAUGGGGCAUAGCAGUGACAAGGAGUGGGGAUCUAGUUUAUACUGAUUCUAUUGAUAGAACUGUGAACAUAGUGAAGAAUACACAGAUACAGACAGUGAUCAGACUACAGGGGUGGAGACCUCUCGGUGUCUGUAGUACCUCCUCUGGUGACCUGCUGGUUGUCAUGGAGAGUGAUGAUUAUAAACCAACAAAAGUUGUGUGUUACUCUGGCUCCACAGAGAAACAAAGUAUUCAGUACGGCGACAAAGGACAACCUCUCUAUUCAUCUGGUGUCUUUAAAUACAUCAGUGAGAACAGGAACCAAGAUAUCUGCGUGUCAGACAAUGAAGCCUGUUCAGUAGUGGUAGUCAAUCAGGCUGGAAAACUCCGGUUUACCUACACUGGUCCUCCCUCUACUUCCAAGGGAUCAUUUAGUCCAUACGGCAUCACAACAGACAGCCAGGGUCGGAUCCUGACAGCAGACCGUGACAACGACCGUAUCCACAUCCUGGAUCAGGACGGACAGUUCCUCCACUACAUUGACAACUGUCAUUUACAGGAACCAUUGGGUUUAUGUGUGGACACCAGAGACAACCUCUUUGUGACCGAGUACAACACAGGUAAAGUGAAGAAAAUCCAAUAUUGUAUGUAAACAACAUAUGAAGGUGAACUGUGUAUACAGUGGAGUGUAAGUAAAAAUUCAUAUUAUUGAUAUGAAAACUGUAUACUUGUAUGAAUAAGUCUAAACAGUCUUUAUAUUAUCUUUGAACACAUCAUGUUUGUAAAUAUUUUGAUAGAACAGUUUGUUUGAAUUAAAUAUGCAUGUAUAAAAACUGUAUUAACAACUGUGUAAAUGUAUGUAAAUACAUGAAAGUACAACAGUUACAGUAAUUGUGAAUAUAUAUCACAUGUAUUCACAGAUAAUACACAGACAAAUAUCCACAAAUGGAGGGUUUUACAUGAAUCUAAUUUGCAAAAUGUGUAAAUUAUUUACAUAUACUGGAUUCAGUUGUAUAAAUUAACCUUUUCUUGUCACAUUUUAAAUUCAUUUAUUUAAUAAAGAAUCUUCCUAAUGAAACAUUGUGUAUUUCAUCUGAAUGACAGAGUGUUCAAUAAAUAUAUAUUGUA